AUGGCUCCAAGGUCCGAGUCUGCCGCCAUGGCGCUUCGCGAAUCGUUCGGUGACAGGAAGAUCCCCGAGAUUUCGCGGAAAAUCACCGCAUGUGUUUCCUGUCGCAAAUUAAAGGUUGGAUGUACCUCUAAUUGGAAAGAGCAAAUGGAAGACCGAAUGGCCAAGCUGGAAGCACAUAUCCUUAGCACUGCAGUCGACUCAUCAUCACAACCGCCUGAUACGACCCGCGGACAUAUUAUGGAUAACCCCGCAGACCCGUCUCAAAUCGUCACAUUGAAUCUUUCCUGCAGUCUCGGGGCAUUCCCCGCAUCUUCAAUGAUCGAUUUCACAUUAACAGACCCUCGAGGCACAUCUCAACAAUGCCCAGAUCUUAUGUCACGCCAAAUAAUACCACAAGAAGCCGCAGAAAGUCUCUUCUCAUUCUAUAAACAGAACAUGGACUCUUUUGCCUACAAUGUUCUCGCCGAUGCUGAUUCUCUGGCCUCCAUUUCGCAAAGGUCGCCACUUUUAACAAUUUCUAUCUGCACAGUUGCGGCUUUCUGCUCCGGGUCCCCGCACUAUCGAGCUCUGUUCGAUCACUUGAAGAGUGAAGUAUCCGGCAAAGUGUUUUCUAACAACCAUGAAUUCGAUGAUGUGCGAGCUCUUUGCAUCGGCGCGUUGUGGCUCAAUGACAUUUCCACGGCUUUAAAUUCACUGGGUAUGCUGGUGAUCAAGAAGCAGAGAGAGAAGGGGAGCGCUACUAUGGAAAAUCCAACUAACAAAACCGUUCCAGCCGUACGAAUCGCAACCGAACUAAAUCUCCACCGCUGCAUCACCAAAAUGCCCCACAAGAAACGAGCCUGCUACGACCGGACCCGAUUAUAUUUCCUCGUAUAUCUGUGUGACCACCACUGCUCCUUGAGCCACGGCAAACCACCCCUAACACGAGAUUUCCACUCCCUGAAAAGCCCACGCGAUUUCCUCAGAACAGAACUUUCAUCCCCAUCCGACUUGAAAUUAAUCAGCCAGGUCGAAUUAUGGUCGAUCAGCAAUCGAGUCUUCGACAUGUUUGGCGCAGACGUCGAUAACUGUGUUACUAGCCAACGAUUAAAUGAGAUUCCUGCUCUAAGUGAGGCUUAUGAGCAGUGGUAUCGUGAUUGGCUCGGUAUCUUGACUUUUGUCGAGGGCUCGGGCGAAGAGCCAUUCACUCGUCAUGUUUUUGAUUUUUAUUAUUAUUCGGCGAAGUUAUAUCUCUUCUCUCAUAUUUUUCGUGGCCAGGCAACUGACGACUCGGUGGAAGGAAAUUCUUCCUUUUCAAAUCAAGCUAACAAUGGUGCCGAAGACUUUGCCGAUGCUGCGUUGAAAACUGCCCUUUCGAUUAUUUGUCUUAUCACAAAAGAGGAGGGUGGUUUGCAAAAUUUACCCUACUAUAUCAGAACGGUCACUGCUUUUGCUUGCGUUUGUCUCGUGAAAGCGUCUAGCCAAAGCGAAUUAAUCACCUGCGAUAUGGAUGCGGAUGAUGUUUCAACACACUUACGUGAACUUGUUCGGGUUCUUCAAGCCGCUGCUUCUGGGGAUCAAUCCGGUCAUGGUCAUCCAUUGCAGGGUAUCGCAGAAAGUCUGGGAAGUAUUUUGACGGGGGAAACUGAAUUGCACGAUAAUGGACCGUUGAAUGGAGUUUUUGGAUUUGAUGAUUUUGCUCUUGAAGGACUUGACAUGCUGUCGGGGGAUUUUGAGCAAACGCCGUCAACUCCUUCAUUUGGGACAGAAUGA